ACAGUGAUGCGGUUUUGAAAAAAGGGGGAUGCUGCUGCUCCAGUCCCGGAGCCGCUCUCAAGUGAACAGCUCACCGAGGCAGCAGCAAUGUACGCACUGGGGGCCGCGGCCAGACCGGCGGUGGUGGUGGUGUCGGGCCGGAGCGCUCGGCGCCUGGCCGGGAUGCGGCUGAGCUGGCGAUUCGGGGACCGUGGAGCGGGUCUAGCCGGCGCCUGGGGCUCCGCCGCCGGCCUGAUCACCGAAGGGGCGGCCUCGCUUCUCCGGGACAACUGCAGGAAUGGCGACAGGGUCCUCACCAUCGCGAACAUGAACCCGCAGGUCCGGGCUACUGAGUACGCGGUGCGGGGACCCAUCGUCAUUAAAGCGGGAGAGAUCGAGAAGGAGCUGCAACAGGGAGCCCAGAAGCCUUUCACGGAAAUAAUCAGAGCUAACAUUGGAGAUGCUCAUGCGAUGGGACAGCAGCCAAUUACAUUUCUGAGACAGGUUGCUGCUCUUUGUACUUAUCCAGAACUGCUUGAGAGUCAGCAUUUCCCUGCUGAUGCAAAGGAGAGAGCCCAUCGUAUCCUGCUGUACUGUGGGGGUCAAAGUUUAGGUUCCUACAGUGCAAGCCAGGGUCUAGAUUGUAUACGUCAAGAUGUUGCUAAGUACAUAGAGACAAGGGAUGGAGGAGUUCCUGCAGAAUCUGAUAAUAUUUACAUUACCACAGGAGCAAGUGAUGGAAUAACUACUAUUAUGAAACUUCUGGUGGCUGGAGAAGGGCGAAUGCGGACUGGAGUGAUGAUUCCAAUCCCACAGUAUCCCCUAUACUCAGCAGUCAUCUCUGAGCUAGGAGCCGUCCAAAUCAACUACUACCUGGAUGAAGAAAAUGGCUGGGCUCUUGAUAAAAAUGAACUGAAAAGAAACCUGAAUGCAGCUAGGGAAUAUUGCAACCCCAAGGUUCUUUGUGUUAUUAACCCAGGAAACCCAACUGGCCAAGUACAAAGCAGAAAAGGUAUUGAGGAUGUAAUUCGUUUUGCUUAUGAGGAAAAGCUCUUUGUUCUGGCUGAUGAGGUAUACCAGGAAAACGUGUAUUCUGAAGACUGUAAAUUUUACUCAUUCAAGAAGGUGUUAUAUGAGAUGGGUCCGGAGUACUUCAACACAGUGGAAUUGGUCUCAUUUCAUUCUACGUCCAAAGGAUACACAGGAGAGUGUGGAUUCAGAGGUGGCUAUAUGGAAGUUAUUAACAUGGACCCUGAGGUUAAGGCUCAGCUUGAGAAGCUAUUAUCAGUUCGGCUGUGCUCCCCUGUCCCAGGGCAAGUUGCCAUGGAUGUUGUGGUAAAUCCACCAAAGCCUGGAGAAGAAUCUUAUAAGCUGUUUACAUUGGAAAAGAUGAAGGUAUUGCAUGACCUUGCUGAGAAAGCUAAGUUAACAGAGGAUGUCUUGAAUACAAUUCCUGGAAUGCACUGUAACCCUCUGCAAGGUGCUCUGUAUGCAUUUCCAAGAAUAUUCAUUCCUUCCAAAGCAAUCAAAGAAGCUGAGACCCGUGGGAUGAUACCAGAUAUGUUCUACUGUAUGAAACUCCUGGAGGAAACUGGAAUUUGUGUGAUACCUGGCAGUGGAUUUGGACAAAAAGAAGGAACAUAUCAUUUCAGAAUGACCAUUCUCCUUCCUGUUGAGAAGCUAAAAGUGCUGUUGCAGAAUGUGAAGAAUUUCCAUAUUAAGUUUCUUCGGAAAUACGCAUGAGCACAGUUGGUUUUUUUUUCACCAGAGGAAACUCCAUCUAAAUGUUCAGUUUACUGUUUCUUAAUUUUAUUAGACUGUCAAAUUAAUGUUUACUGAAAUGAAAUGGCAUAACUAUUAGCCUACAAAUCUUUCUUGUUACAGCUAUUUGCUAGUUUGGUAUUGUGAUACCAACUUGUGCUGUACUUUUUGAUAGUACUUUUGUUUACAUUGGAAGUACUCGUUGGAAAGAUUGGUUUUGUUGCACUUCAAGAAGUUUUUUAUAGUUUAACAAAAAAUACGUUUCUAGCAACAGGCAAUAUGAUAUCAAAUAUUUUUCUAGGUUCAAGCCUCUAAUUGCCAGAAAUAUGCUGUGAUCAAGAGCAGACAUUUGGGGUUGUGCCUUCUUUUUGCCUUGUUGCCCACGUAUUGUGAGUGGCAGUGCAUUAUCUGGACUAGUGAACAGCUUUUAUUACACUUGUAUGUAGCAAGACCAUAUCUUCAAUCAAGGUAGAGCUUUGGUGUGUAUGCAGAUGGAUUUUCAGCAGGCUUAAGAGCUGCUGCCUGAAUUGACUCAAAUGCUAACUUCUAACUCGGCCAAGUGAAUGGAUUUUACAAUAAUUCAAAACAUCUGGCAGUGAGAUUUUUUUCUGAACAAUAGAGGUGUAAUGUUUAUGUUUUUACUUUGUAAAGUUUGGGAAGGCAAAUGUUACAACUGUCUUUGUAAAUGAUAUGAUUCUGAAUUUGUUUUCUAUUCAAGGGCUUCCAAGUAGAUAAAUUCAGAAAUCUGAAAAUGAAUUGGCUUGUGCCAGGAGAGGGGGCAAAAAAUAACUGCAGUUUACAAGACUUUGUUAAGGAAAAGGGAGUUUUUUUAUGUCUCUCAAAAAUGUUUUGAGCUUAUCCAUAUUAAUGUCAAUGAACAAGAAAUAUCUCUGCCAAUAAAUUGCCUUUUAUUGCUCUUUAAGUUUAAUUGUCUUUCAAAAGAAAGUACAAUUACAUAUCUGAAUGAGU